AUCAAGUGACCAGUAUCCCUUCCAGGAGAACACGGUCCUUCAGAGGAAAGCGAGCUCCAACCCGCGGCCCCGGCGCCAAGCCGCCGUCAUCUCCUUCCUGUGCCGGGUGAUCGUCUCCUCACCCACCCGGAAAAACAUAGUCCGCCCCCACGUCCUUGUGGAAUAGCGCCCGCUUCCAAGCACCGUGACUCUCUUUGCCCUACCCUUGUCUUUCCCAUUCCAAUUACUCUAGAACCCACCGAGAGGAUAAUUCAGUCCUGAAAAGAAACCGAUGGGGAGAGGCGAGGAAGGGAACCCAGGAGGGAGGGGAGGCAGGGCUGCGGAGGGACACCGAGGCGGCGGACGUAGUGCGCACGCGCAGCAUAGAACGAGUUCCGGUCUGGCCGAGGCUUGUCUCCUAAAAAUAGCCCCGGUGUGGGGAUCCGUGCGCGGAUGUCCCGGCGAGUCCCGGGCUGAAAGAGGCGGCUCCGGGCGGCGCGGAGCGCUGGUGGCGGGCCCGGGCUGCGGCGUGUGCGCGCCCGCCAGCUGCUCCGGAGAUACGGAAUUGCAUUUUGUGAAAAAAGAACAAGAAUUUUCUGCAAGGAUCAUAUCUAAGUGCACUUUUUGCUGAUACUUCAUUUCUAAUCUUGUAGAAAAUUUCAGCUGUAGCCCUUGGACUAGAAGCUGAAAUAACAGAAGCUGUGUACGAUGCAUUAGGGUAUUGAAGAAAAUUAACUUUUGAAUUAAAUAUUUGGAAUAUAAGGAAAUAAGGAAAGGUGACUGAAAAUGGGGCGGAAGAAAAUACAAAUCACACGCAUAAUGGAUGAAAGGAACCGACAGGUCACUUUUACAAAGAGAAAGUUUGGAUUAAUGAAGAAAGCCUAUGAACUUAGUGUGCUCUGUGACUGUGAAAUAGCACUCAUCAUUUUCAACAGCUCUAACAAACUGUUUCAAUAUGCUAGCACUGAUAUGGACAAAGUUCUUCUCAAGUAUACAGAAUAUAAUGAACCUCAUGAAAGCAGAACCAACUCGGAUAUUGUUGAGACUUUAAGAAAGAAAGGCCUUAAUGGUUGUGAGAGCCCUGAUGCUGACGAUUACUUUGAGCACAGUCCACUCUCGGAGGACAGAUUCAGCAAACUAAAUGAAGAUAGUGAUUUUAUUUUCAAACGAGGCCCUCCUGGUCUGCCACCUCAGAACUUUUCAAUGUCUGUCACAGUUCCAGUGACCAGCCCCAAUGCUUUGUCCUACACUAACCCAGGGAGUUCACUGGUGUCCCCAUCUUUGGCAGCCAGCUCAACGUUAACAGAUUCAAGCAUGCUCUCUCCACCUCAAACCACAUUACAUAGAAAUGUGUCUCCUGGAGCUCCUCAGAGACCACCAAGUACUGGCAAUGCAGGUGGGAUGUUGAGCACUACAGACCUCACAGUGCCAAAUGGAGCUGGAAGCAGUCCAGUGGGGAAUGGAUUUGUAAACUCAAGAGCUUCUCCAAAUUUGAUUGGAGCUACUGGUGCAAAUAGUUUAGGCAAAGUCAUGCCUACAAAGUCUCCCCCUCCACCAGGUGGUGGUAAUCUUGGAAUGAACAGUAGGAAACCAGAUCUUCGAGUUGUCAUCCCCCCUUCAAGCAAGGGCAUGAUGCCUCCACUAAAUACCCAAAGGAUCAGUAGUUCUCAAGCCACUCAACCUCUUGCUACCCCAGUCGUGUCUGUGACAACCCCAAGCUUGCCUCCGCAAGGACUUGUGUACUCAGCAAUGCCGACUGCCUACAACACUGAUUAUUCACUGACCAGCGCUGACCUGUCAGCCCUUCAAGGCUUCAACUCGCCAGGAAUGCUGUCGCUGGGACAGGUGUCGGCCUGGCAGCAGCACCACCUAGGACAAGCAGCCCUCAGCUCUCUUGUUGCUGGAGGGCAGUUAUCUCAGGGUUCCAAUUUAUCCAUUAAUACCAACCAAAACAUCAACAUCAAGUCCGAACCGAUUUCACCUCCUCGGGAUCGUAUGACCCCAUCGGGCUUCCAGCAGCAGCAGCAGCAGCAGCCGCCGCCGCCACCGCAGCCCCAGCCACAACCCCCGCAGCCCCAGCCCCGACAGGAAAUGGGGCGCUCCCCUGUGGACAGUCUGAGCAGCUCUAGUAGCUCCUAUGAUGGCAGUGAUCGGGAGGAUCCACGGGGCGACUUCCAUUCUCCAAUUGUGCUUGGCCGACCCCCAAACACUGAGGACAGAGAAAGCCCUUCUGUAAAGCGAAUGAGAAUGGACGCGUGGGUGACCUAAGGCUUCCAAGCUGAUGUUUGUACUUUUGUGUUACUGCAGUGACCUGCCCUACAUAUCUAAAUCGGUAAAUAAGGACAUGAGUUAAAUAUAUUUAUAUGUACAUACAUAUAUAUAUAUCCCUUUACAUAUAUAUGUAUGUGGGUGUGAGUGUGUGUGUAUGUGUGGGUGUGUGUUACAUACACAGAAUCAGGCACUUACCUGCAAACUCCUUGUAGGUCUGCAGAUGUGUGUCCCAUGGCAGACAAAGCACCCUGUAGGCACAGACAAGUCUGGCACUUCCUUGGACUACUUGUUUCAUAAAGAUAACCAGUUUUUGCAGAGAAACGUGUACCCAUAUAUAAUUCUCCCACACUAGCUUGCAGAAACCUAGAGGGCCCCCUACUUGUUUUAUUUAACUGUGCGGUGACUGUAGUUACUUAAGAGAAAAUGCUUUGUAGAACAGAGCAGUGGAAAAGCAGGAACCAAGAAAGCAAUACUGUACAUAAAAUGUCAUUUAUAUUUUCCAACCUGGCAUGGGUGUCUGUUGCAAAGGGUUGCAUGGGAAAGGGCUGUUGAUAUUAAAAACAAACAAAACAAAAAAGCCCCACACAUAACUGUUUUGCACGUGCAAAAAUGUAUUGGGUCAAGAAGUGAUCUUUAGCUAAUAAAGAAAGAGAAUAGAAAACACGCAUGAGAUAUUCAGAAAAUACUAGCCUAGAAAUAUAGAGCAUUAACAAAGUAAAAUUAAUAUAUUAAGUUAUAAUUGGAAUAUGUCAGAAGUUUCUUUUUACAUUCAUAUCUUAAAAAUUAAAGAAACUGAUUUUAGCUCAUGUAUAUUUUAUAUGAAAGAAAACACCCUUAUGAAUUGAUGACUAUAUAUAAAAUUAUAUUCACUACUUUUGAACACAUUCUGCUAUGAAUUAUUUAUAUAAGCCAAAGCUAUAUGUUGUAACUUUUUUUUAGAGAAUAGCUUUAUCUUGGUUUAACUCUUUAGUUUUAUUUUAAGAGGGGAAAACAAAAAUAUCUUGCAAGCAGAACCUUGGAAAAAAAAAGCCAUGAACACUUAUUCUAAAUGUAAAUUAAAAGUUGAGCCAAACUCUUUGUGUAUAUAGCAUCUUAAAUAUAUUAUCACCUUUGAUGUAAGUACCUAUGUAUUGUAUGGUCACCAGAUUAAAAAGUAUAUUUUUGUGGAUUGCCGCCAAUUUGGGGGGAAAAGGCGAGGUCCUUUAUUAAGUAUUCACUGUUUAAUAUUUACUAUUUUGUUAAAUAUACUGUACUUUGGAUUUUAAUUAUUAGCCCAGUUUUUUCAGAGGAUUGUAUAAAGGGGUUUCUCCCCUCACUGGUGGUGAAUGUGUGAUGUUACAUUGUAAUCUUUGUGCCGUAUGGGUUGAGCAUCAUUAUAUAUUUUGUAUGUGUACAUAAAUAGCAAAGUGGCAAAAAAAAUUGGUGUUAAGUUCAUCCUGCAUAAGUAUAAAAUGUGUUGUAACAGAUUUUAUAAGGCAUUAUUUAAAACUUGCCUUUUGUGAGGAAAAAAUGUAGUAGAAAAAGCUGACCUAAUUUAAUUAAUAUUAGAGAAAAUGGCAAAAUAGUAGAUGAGCACAAAGGUUUUAUAAGUGGUAAAUGAUUAGGGGAAAAUACUCGUGGGGAAAGGGAUCUUUUUUCCUUGACCCUCUGAAAACAGAACGAUGCAGCUGGUUACAAAAUCCUACCGUUAUCAGCUCUUCUGCACAUUGCAGUGAUGCUUUGGUAUGCGGGGAGAAACGCUCUUAGGGUGCCGGUCCUUGGCAUGACUCUUGCCAUUCUAAUUGGAAUUAGUGCCACCCUCAGCUUGGAUUUUGAACAAGGCCUUAUUCUUUCAGGAAGACAACUAAUGGAUGAUAGCAAGUUCAUCCACUUACUGGGCUUGUGCCAUGAGCAAAAUUCAAAGUCCUGUAUAUCUUUCAUUGUAGAUUUUUAAAUACUCCUUUUCCUAAAAAACUCAAGGGUUUAAAAAUUGCUAUUUUAUAUUUUAAAUGAUAUUGAGCAGCUACCUACAAUUUCUAUGUACAUUUUGUUCCCCCCCCCCCCCCCCCCCGGCCAAAUUACGUUCCUUUUGACAUUUUCCUCAUCUGCUGUUUGUGACAAGUCAUCAGCCAGAUUUCCUGACUGACACACAGGUAUGAUCAGUGCAGGAGAGACCUGCGCAUCACAGGCUGCAAACUGGAGGUUCUGUUCUCACGGCAGUUUGGGCAGUAACUUUUGGGAGAGGCCAAAAGAGGAUGACAUGCUGUCUCCUCUCUUCAGUAUAGACAUUUGGCUCUUAUUCAGAAAGGAUUUUUCUUUAAAAAUGUACUUACUUUACUGAACUACUUACAGGCACAUUUCUUCAUAAGGCCACACCUAAUCCAAACAAGACAGUCUCCCAACACUGAAGUUCCAAAAUAAUCCUUACCACUUUGUAAACCAUUUAUAGCUUUGAAAGUGUUAAGUGAUUCCUUCGUUAUUAUUUAUGCAUGUUCAUGAACUUCUGCUGUACAUUGGAAUAGGAGUUAACACAUUCACAUUUACUGUCUAUUUUCUUGUGUGCCUUAUGAGAUGGCUUUUCUGACUGUAUCUCAAUAGUCUUUCUUUCUAUGCAGGUUUAUAAUCAGUACAACUACUGUUUUCUAAAAUAAUACUACUCAAGGCUCGGAGUUUGUAUUUAAAUUACACUGACCAAGUAACAAUGUAUUCCAUUUCAGGAACUGAAUAUUUGACUGUUAACCUUUUUCCCAUAUGUCAGUGUGGCAUGGAGCAUAUGGACUUGACAGACAUCUCUCACCCAGACGCCCAUGUGUGAACACACGCACAUCCACAUCUCUGGGUGGAAACCAGCCUAGAGUGCGGACGACGCUAAUGGUGUUGCUUUAGAACCGUCUUUUCUUACCCUUUUAGACUCGUGUUUUGUAUGAGACACCAUUGCAAGAAAAUUUUAUCCCUCCAGAAGUAUUUUAUUACUAAAGAACAAAAGCAAAAAAAGCUGAAAUUGCACUGGUUAAAGUACAGUUUCCAACAGCUGUCCUUCCUCAGUACUCUAAUCGCUACUCCACUGCGAGUGGAAGUCACCGUUGUGUGUACACAGGUGGUCCCAAUCAAAACUCCAUCUUUUGAGCCCAAUUAUGUCCAUUGUGUUAUAGACUAAAUCAGGGGUUUGUUCUACAAGAACAAUACAUGUUUUACCCUUUCCUUUAACUAGAAGGAUAACUAGUAAUGCAUCAACAUAAUUUCUGUAUUAACCAUCAUGCGCACAAGAAAUACAUAGUAAAUAAGGAAGCUGAAAACUCCUGGCAUUGGAUCUUAAGCUAGAUGAUUAGAAUGUGAAAAAGAUUUUACAAAUGUAAAACUUCUAUUUCUCUGUAGAAACUUUCUUCACUUUGCUGUGCAAGAAGACACUGCUUUGCUAUAUUUAAAAUGGCUUUUUUAAAAGAGAUUUAUGUAUUUGGUAAAUGUUUGUAGUCAACAGUUCACACAAGAAGCUGUACACGGUUUGAUCAUGUAAAACCGUUUGGCGGCACAAGCUGGACUUUGUUGCCAUCCUUGAGAUGAACCUUUUAAGAAAAAUAAGUUAAUCUCAAUUUUUCCCUGAAUGUGUUGUUUUUCUUCAUUAUACAAUAAAUAUAAUAGUGAACUUUUUAUCAAA